UACACGCUAUGCCUAGGCUAUGCGAUAAAGGCAGCACUCUCAAAAUCCUUUUUCCCUUCUUCAUCUGCUAGACAGGGAAAAACCGGCUGUAAGCAAAAUUGGGAGCUUGAAUUCUAGACGCUUGUCAUGUUUGGUAAGAUGGUAUUGUGUUAGGGAUGGAUUAUUUUUGGAAGGAACAUCAUUGACUAUAUAUGAGAGAAGUAUGAACGCUAUGAGUUUAAGUAAUGAAUGCUCAGCGGUAAAUUCUAAAAAAUGUGGUUUAACAAUUCUUGAAAGUACUAGUUGUAGUGUCUUGUGGUACAAUGAAAAUUUUUGUAAUAUACUGAAAAACGAGCUGUGUAGUUACAGCGAUAUUUUUAGAAUCCCGAACUAUUACCAUUUGGCGUUUUAUUUAUCAUUAACGUUUAAACAAAACAAAUUUUUCGUGCACAUCUGUAAAUGCAAUAGGUGUGGUGCUGUAGUUGCGACUGAAAAUGUUGAUAUUCGUUGCAUCGUUUCCCUCGUGCAAAAGGAAAGCGAAAAUGUGAUAACAAAACAUUUAGACCUAUUAAAAGACUCUGAAUAUGCACUUGCCACAUUUGAAAAAGACGAAUUAACAGAAAUAAAUGAAAAAUUCGUGGCAAUUCGUUGUACCAUAUCUAUUAAAGAGAAUUGCAGUUUAGAUAGUUUAAAAUGCUUUAAAUAUGAAAAGGAUAGACCACUAAGUGAUGUUACUGCUUUAACUGUACAUGAGUUAAAAGAACACUUAAAAGUGCUUUUACAAGACGAUAAUCUUCACAGCAUAACAAUUAGUGUUGAAGGUGAAGAUUUUCUGGUGCACCAACAUAUACUUUCCUAUCAUUCACCAGUGUUUGCUGCUAUGUUGCACCAUAAAAUGCAGGAAAGUAUUCAGAAGUGUAUUACAAUUGAAGAUAUUCCAGCUCAUAUUGUUGGAGAAAUGCUUAUGUAUAUGUACACUGGUAGUUUAAGUAAAUUGCAACUAGAAAUGGUAAUGAAUCUUUUUGUUGCUGCAGAUAAAUAUGCUGUUUUAAAUCUUAAAAAUCAUUGCUCAAAAUAUUUGGCUUCACACUUAACUCAAGAAGAUGUUCUUAAUAUUCUUGUACUAGCAAAUAAGCAUGUAGAUGAAGAACUGAAAUAUGCAUGCAUCAGUUUCUUGACUAAAGACAUAAGUACGAUAGAAAGUGAUCAGUUUCUGUUAUUCUUGAAAAUGGAGCCUGAGUUGGGUAGAAAUAUUUUUCUUCAUUUAGUAAAAGAAAUAUUUAAAUAGUCAGUCAUGGCAGUUGAAAUAAGUUUUUAAGUAUCAAGUACUGUAUUUACAUGCAUGUUUCUCCCCAUCUUGUAAUUUUCCUACUUGUUUUUUUCAUCAUAUGAUUUAGGAACAUCUGAUCUAUGAUAACAAUGUUAAUGCAUUCACAAACAGUAAACUAUAUUGUGUCAGUAAAAAGGAUAUUGAAAUUUUUUAAUUCCUUA